GAGACUCAUCAAUUGUGUCAUGCCUUCUGUAAUAUUUGUGGUUUUUCCAGAUCAAAUAAAGAGAAGAUAAAGGAGGAAUAUAGUUAUACUAUUUAUGAUGGACUAGGGUAUUCAGAGAACUGAAAGCUUCGGUUAGCCUUUUGGGAAUUGCGGUAAUAAUAAUAAACAUUAUUUGUUUAAUAUUCGACCUUGGAUACUCUGUGAUGGACUAUUCGUCUUCUUCUAUGAAGGCUGUGAUCCCUUUCUGAACCCUUAAACGUUAAUAGAUGCCCAUGAAUUUCAAACUUUUAUACAAUAGUUAAAAAUGGAGUACUGAAAUCGAGUCUCAGUUUCACAAAUGAAUUAUUAGUUUUCUCUAGUUGUAUCAUGUUGAUCUUUUGGUUUAGUAGUUGGAAAUUUUGUUCAAUAUAAUAAUGUAACAUAGAUUUGCGUGAUAUAAUUCUUUGAGUUUUUAUUUCUAAAAUAUUUUAAGCAAAUUGAAACCAUUAUUAUACCCUAUAUGGUGUUGGCCAGUGAUCUACGUUGUUUAUGGCUAGCUAAAUAUGAUGUAGAAUUCACCAUGACAUCGUUAACUGAACAACUGUUUACUGGGUCUUUGCCAACGAAAGAUUUGCGUCGUCUACUGCGACAACCACCACUUCCAACAGUUACUGGAGAUAAGGCUGUUUUAUUGCGUAAAACGCUGGGACAACAAAGCGAAAAACAAUGUCAGUCUACCACAGGUGACAGUUCUAUUCUAAAGCCUAAAUCAAAGCUUACAUUUAAACAUCUAACCCCUCCCAACUUAUUCAUGUGAGUUUAAGGUUGAAUAUCUUGUUUCAGAAUAUUACAAAAAGCACAUUUAUUGUUUCCUUAUUCAUUCCGAUUUUAUCGUUUCAUCACUUAUUCAAAAAGCAUGUAACCGCACGAUUUUAUCGUGGAAAAAAUGAAUUGCACAUCUUUUGUUUUGUUGUAGUACAGUUGACUGGAUAGUUUGUAUUAGGAUCUUAACCGAUAGCUGCUACCUUGAUCCACCUCAAGGGGUCGGGCUUGUUAUCACAGUGACCCAAUGAGCUAUGUUGGUGGAACGCUUCUUCCUCAAUGUCCUAUCAUUCCACAAACGUUAGCUGGAUAGUGGUAAAACAGAAAGCGUUACCAAUAUAGCGUAAAUUGCUACGCUGUGAUGGUUGUCUGAGGGCGAAGUUGUACUGGUGACUGAACGGAGGUGUGACAGCAGUAAGGUAUUUCCCUUAGAUAACCAGCAGUGCCAUGCUUGUGCUGCCUUCCCUAUGUGAAUGGGGUGGGGUUAGGAAAGGUUGGUCCCAAAAAUACCGCAUCCCCUUCACCCUUCAGGAUACCGAUACCUGCGCCAGGGAUUCAUAGUCGGAUCCGAAAACAGGAAACAAAAAUCUUAAACGUUCAAAGAGGCUUUGUGUGACCAUCCCCAAGCAAAUAUCUCUUGGGUUUGUUAGUCACGCACUAACUUUUCUUUUUCAGAUGCUUCAAUUUGACCUAGCCUUCCAGAUAGUCUCGGUAACCGGAGAGUGUCAACCGCCCUAAGAACUUUGUCAGCACUCAAGUGACCUACGAUCACUAUCCAUCUUCCACAUUUUUAUCUUCUAAUCUUCCUUCAUAUCAUUCAGUCAAGUACCCUUCAUCAUCUUUAAUUCUUAUCAGCUCUGCUACUUUCGACAACUAUCUGAGUUCACAGAAUAGCACCUGUGGUCUUCUGAAACUUCCCUCCAAACUACACGUUGCAGCUUCCAAUGUCCGGUUCCUGCAACAAGUCGGCCAACAUGCGUUAAUAGUCAAGCCUCUAGCAACUCGGACCAUGGAUCUGUGGUUCGUUUGUGAGACACGCAUACAUGACCUAAAUGCGGUUGUUCACCCAACCUCAUCCGGUCAGUAUGGUGGAUCUAAAAAAUUCACGCUUGGAGUUUCUAGAUAUUUGACGGCUAGUUUUCGCAGUCUUGCAGGUGUAGGUAUACUAUUAAGCACUAAGGUGGAAAAAUUGUACUGGACAAAUGGAUUCCAGUUGACGUUCGCCUGUGCGCUGUCCAACUGAAUGGUACAGUGAAGACUAAAACGAGUGGUGAAACUCGCCGAUGUCUCUUUAGGAUCUCUGCUUGUACAUCCAUUGACUGCAGUUUGGAUGAAGUCAAGAAUGAGUUUCACCGAAAAUGGUUUAGUCUCCUAUUAAAAGCUAGAUGUUCA